CAGUCCCGUUUCUGAUACGGCUAGUUUUUCACGUAAGAAUUCAAUUGACGUUUGCUCGAAUACCCUCAGUGCACCAGCAGCUGUCGUUCCGGUGAUAUCGUAAAUGCUUUACUUCCGUGCUGCUUAAAUUUUAUUUAACUGCAUCCGUACCCCUCAAUGCAACGAGCAUUCGCUAAAAAUACGUAGAAAAAAUUUAAGUUCUUAGAAAAAGUUUCACAAUUUAAGCAACGUUUGUUCUCGCAAAAGUCUAAAAUUAUUUAUAAAUUUUGUUUAUAAUAUUAAGCAACAACUAGUUGAAUAAACGACUGCAGUAUUUACAUAAAGUGACUCAAUUACGGCAGUUUCCUUGUCUACAAUUGUUCGUACGUCAGCUAAUUACACUGUAUCAUUAUAGCGACCUAAAAAAUAGUCUUUAUGUUUUAUCACUUAUCGUCAACCGAGACCUUGAUGCAGAGUCAUUAGUACCUAGUUUAUCAUUCUAGUCCAAGUUUAAAAAGACUUUUAAGUUUAAUUUUAUCAGUAAUAAAUCCUUUGUCAAAAUGACCAGCUACGGGUGGAAUAUGUCUGCAAUCUCUGAGCCAGAAUUUUCAAAAAAAACCAUCGAAAAAGUACAAUUGGGAGAAAGAGGAUCUGGCUACAGAGCACAAGGAGCUAUUCAGGAUUUCAAUUCCCUAAGACAGCAAUGUUUGUCACAAGGAAUUUUGUUCGAGGACCCAGAGUUCCCGGCUACAGACUCAUCGCUGUUUUUUUCGAAGAGACCUGACAGAUACAUCGAAUGGAGAAGACCUAUGGAAAUAGCAGACAAUCCUCAGCUAUUCGUCGAAGGAUUCUCGCGAUUUGACGUGCAGCAGGGAGAGUUGGGUGACUGCUGGUUGCUGGCAGCAGUGGCUAAUCUUACAAUGCAUCCAAAUUUAUUCUUCCAAGUAGUACCUGAAGACCAGAGUUUUGAUGAAGGCUACGCCGGAAUAUUUCACUUUAGAUUUUGGCAGUAUGGCCGCUGGGUAGACGUAGUAAUCGACGACCGCCUGCCGACCUACAACGGGCAGCUGAUGUUUUUAAACUCAGCUGAGAAGAACGAGUUUUGGAGCGCGUUGUUAGAAAAAGCCUACGCAAAACUUCACGGUUCCUACGAGUCCUUAAAAGGAGGUACUGCUUGCGAAGCUAUGGAAGAUUUUACUGGUGGAGUCACUGAGAUGUACCAAAUGGACGAGACACCGCCGAAUUUAUUCAGCAUCCUGCUGAAAGCCUACGAGAGAAAUUCAAUGUUGGGAUGCUCCAUUGAGCCUGACCCAAAUGUCCUCGAAGCAGAAACUCCUCAAGGUCUGAUCCGAGGUCACGCUUACAGUAUCACUCGUGUCAAGUACGUUGACAUCGAAACGCCACACCAGGUCGGAAAAAUACCGCUGCUAAGAUUGAGAAACCCCUGGGGUAACGAAGCCGAGUGGAACGGCCCGUGGAGUGACAUGUCGCCAGAGUGGAGAUUUAUCCCCGAUCACGAGAAAGAAGAGCUGGGAUUAACCUUCGACACUGACGGAGAGUUCUGGAUAUCUUUCCAGGAUUUUAAGAAGUUUUUCACGGCUCUGGAGAUCUGUAACUUGAACCCCGACUCGCUGACCGAGGACGACCUCAGCGCUGGGAAAAAGAGGUGGGAGACGAGCGUGUUUGAAGGCGAAUGGGUUCGCGGAGUUACUGCUGGAGGUUGCAGAAAUUUCUUGGAGACUUUCUAUCACAAUCCACAGUACCGUGUCACUCUGGAGUAUCCUGACGAAGGAGAUGACAAGUGUACGGUGAUUGUAGCUCUGAUGCAGAAGAACCGACGGGCUCAGAAACGCAUGGGCGCGGACUGUUUGACUAUUGGGUUCGCUAUUUACCAUCUCGAGUACCCGGAUCGAUUACCCAAGCCGCUUGAUAUGAAUUUCUUUAAAUACAACGCAUCCGUUGCCAGAUCACCCUCAUUUAUUAAUCUACGCGAGGUCACUUGUCGGUUUAAAUUACCUCCUGGCAGUUAUUGCAUUGUACCGAGUACUUUUGAUCCAAAUGAAGAGGGAGAGUUUCUACUGCGUGUAUUCUCUGAGAAUAAAAAUCAUAUGGAAGAAAACGACGAGUCUGUUGGAAUAGGAGAAGUCGAUGAUAGGGUAACUAAUCAGCUUGAUAAAGAAGAUGAGAAUGAUAAAGUACGCGAGGAACCACAACCUGACAAAAAUAACGAGGAAAAAGUCCGCGAGUUCUUCAGAAAACUCGCGGGAGAUGAUAUGGAGGUUGAUUGGGAAGAGUUGAAAGAAAUUUUGGACUACGCUAUGAGAAAAGAGCUACCACUGUCUUCUGAUCAUAGUGAGGCCCAUAAUACUACGGGCCCCAAUGAAGAAGGUUCUUUAUUGGAAACCCUCGUCUCUCUGCUGUGUAGUAUCGUUUGUCCUGCCGAAAAAAGGGAUGAACAGUACAGUGAGCCUGUAGAAAUGCACAACGAAGGAUUUAGCAAAGACGUUUGUAGAAGUAUGGUUGCGAUGUUAGAUGUUGAUCACUCCGGUAAGCUUGGAUUUGAAGAGUUCAAAGCGUUGUGGAAUGACAUUAAAAGUUGGAGGGCUGUGUUCCGUCUUUACGACAGAGAUGGCACGGGUUACUUGAACGCGUUUGAAUUGAGACAAGCACUAAACAGCGCAGGAUACAAAUUAAACAAUCACGUUUUGAAUAUUUUGGUGCACAGAUACGGCACUAAAGAUGGAAGAGUAACAUUUGAUGAUUUUAUAAUGUGUGCGGUUAGAUUGAAGACAAUGAUUGACAUAUUUCGGGAGCGCGAUCCACAUCAAACUAACUCAGCGACAUUUACCUUGGAAGAAUGGGUUGAGAAAACUUUAUACUCGUAAUAACUUUGUGACUUACCAAUAAUUGUUAAAUAACAAAAUAUCUUAUCUUUGAAAAUAAUAUCGCCAAAAUAAUAUAAAUCAUGCCGCUGAUUUUCGUAUCAAUGAUGGGAAAAUGUGUUUGUAAAUGUUGAAUAUUUGAAAUUUUACAUUCAAUAGCCAAAAUAAAUUAAUUGAAUCAAUCGCACAACAUGACGAUAAAAAACCUAUGUGCCUACUGCAUUUCUCUUUUCAUAUAUUGUAAUAGAAUAUACUUAAAAUGUUAAAAAUA